AUGAGGGUGACGGAACUCAUCAUCGACGGCUUCAAGUCGUACGCGGUGCGCACCGUGAUCACGGGAUGGGACGAAAGCUUCAACGCCGUCACUGGCCUCAACGGCAGUGGCAAGUCCAACAUCCUGGACGCCAUCUGCUUCGUGUUGGGCAUCACCAACAUGUCCACGGUUCGCGCGCAGAACCUGCAGGACCUUAUCUAUAAGCGCGGCCAGGCUGGUGUGACGAAGGCUAGCGUAACGAUCGUCUUCGACAACCGCGACAAGAAGCGGUCCCCCAUCGGCUUCGAGGAGUAUGCGACCAUCAGCGUUACCCGCCAGAUCGUUCUAGGCGGCACGACAAAGUACCUUAUCAAUGGUCACCGCGCACAACAGCAGACAGUUCAGAACCUCUUCCAGUCUGUCCAGCUCAACAUCAACAACCCGAACUUCCUGAUUAUGCAGGGUCGCAUUACCAAGGUGCUCAACAUGAAGCCCGCUGAAAUUUUGGCCAUGAUCGAGGAAGCAGCCGGCACACGGAUGUUCGAGGACAGGAAAGAGAAGGCGCUCAAGACGAUGGCCAAGAAGGACCUCAAGCUCCAGGAGAUCACUGAACUAUUACGAGACGAGAUUGAGCCUAAGCUUGAGAAACUGCGCCAGGAGAAGCGCGCGUUCCUCGACUUCCAACAAACACAAAACGACCUCGAGCGCUUGACCAGGAUAGUCGUCGCCCAUGAUUACGUGAGGUGUCAGGAACAGUUGAAGCAGUCAGCAUCCGAACUGGAGGCCAAGAAGCAGCGCGCCAAAGAAUUGGAGGAGUCUGCGCAUCGGUUAAAGAGUGAGAUAUCCAACCUGGAAGAGGAUCUUGAGAGGGUAAAGUCGCAGCGUGAUAAGGAGCUGCGCAAGGGCGGCAAGGCGCAGGCGCUCGAAGAGGCGGUCAAGAAGCACUCGAACGAGCUCGUCCGACUUGCUACCGUGGUUGACCUCAAGAAAGGCAGUAUCACGGAGGAGAAGGAGAGGCGAGCCGGCUGUGAGAAGACUGUUGCUGAGUUGGAAACAACACUCAAGGAGAAGACCAAGGCAUAUGAGAAGAUCAAGGCCAAAUAUGACGCUGCCAAGGAGGCCGCCGAGAAGCAAAGGCAGGAGGCAGAGGCAAAGGAAGAAUUGCUUCAGACUCUGCAGACUGGUGUCGCGUCCAAGGAUGGUCAAGAAAAUGGUUACCAAGGCCAGCUGCAGGACGCCAAGAACAGAGCAACAGCAGCCGUCACGGAGCAGGAGCAGGCAAAGCUCAAGAUUGCCCACCUGGAGAAGAGGAUAAAGGAGGAAGAACCACGUGCUAUGAAAGCGAAAGAGCAGAAUGCCGCUCUUCUCAAGGACUUGGAGGGGCUCAGGCAACAGGCCCAAAGGUUGGAGAGGGAGAUGGCUAAGCUCGGCUUCCAACCAGGCGCUGAGCAAGAGUUGUACAAGCAGGAGGCUGCCCUCCAGCAAACGAUCCGGGACCUCCGGCAAGAGGCUGAUGCUCUCAAGCGGAAGGUUGCCAACAUCGACUUCCACUACCACGACCCCGUCCCCAACUUUGACAGGUCUAAGGUCAAGGGUCUGGUUGCGCAGCUGUUCACAGUUGACAAGAGGUUUCUCCAGGCGGCUACGGCACUUGAGAUCUGCGCUGGUGGCCGUCUCUACAACGUGGUCGUGGAUACCGAAGUCACAGGUACACAGCUGCUUCAGGGGGGUAGGCUACGCAAGCGCGUCACGAUCAUCCCCCUGAACAAGAUCGCAGCCUUCCGGGCCUCAGCACAAACAGUUGCUACUGCUCAACGCAUCUGCCCUGGCAAGGUUGACCUGGCCCUAUCUCUUGUCGGCUAUGACGAGGAGGUCUCGGCUGCCAUGGAAUACGUCUUCGGUAACACGCUCAUCUGCGCCGACGCUGAGACGGCCAAGCGGGUGACUUUCGACCCCAAUGUCCGGAUGCGCAGUAUCACUCUCGAAGGCGAUGCCUAUGAUCCUUCCGGUACUCUCUCUGGUGGCAGUGCCCCGAAUUCCAGCGGCGUUCUCAUCACCCUCCAGAAGCUCAACGAUGUCACCCGACAGUUGCGUGAGGCCGAGGCGUCGCUUGAGAAGCUCCAGGCGACUAUUGUCAGGGAGAAGAGCAAGCUCGAUCAAGCUAAGCGCCUAAAGCAGGAACUUGAUCUCAAAACGCACGAGAUCAAACUUGCUGAGGAGCAGAUCAGCGGCAACUCUUCUUCCUCCAUCAUUCAUGAGGUGGAGAACAUGAAGGAGCAGAUCGCGCAGCUCAAGCAAGCUGUCGUGGAGGCCAAGCAGCGUCAGGCUGAGGCCACUGCCGAUAUCAAGAGGAUCGAGAAGGACAUGAAAGACUUUGCUAACAACAAGGAUGCCAAGCUGGUUGAGCUGCAAACUUCGCUGGACAAGCUGCGCGCAUCCCUCGAGAAGAUGAACGCUGCCAACAAGACGCUCCAGAAGGAGCUACAAGAAGCCCAACUCGACUUGGAGCAAGUCUCAGGAGAUCUCACUGCUGCUCGGGAGCAGCUCCAGGAGAUCGACCAGGCCAUCAAGGCCCACCAGGAAGAACUUGAGGACCUAGCUCGUCAGCAGAGGAAAGUAAAGGAGGCCCAUGAUGUCGCCCAGGCCCAACUCGACGAGGAGCGUGCCAAGCUCCACGUCUUCGACGACGAGCUCCAGGCUCUCGAGGAGGCUAUCCGGUCCAAGAACGCCCGUCUCACCGAAGAGGGUCUCGAGAAGCAGAAGUUGGGCCAUCAGGUUGAAAAGUUCCACAAAGAGCAACAAGCUGCCGCCCAGCGUGUGGCCGCCAUGGAGAAAGAGUACGAGUGGAUUGCCGAGGCACGCGACCAGUUCGGCCGUCCCGGCACUCCAUACGACUUUCACGGGCAGAACAUUGCCGAGUGCAAGGCCAUGCACCGUAAUCUGUUGGACCGUAGCCAAGGCCUGCGCAAGAAGAUCAAUCCCAAGGUCAUGAACAUGAUUGACAGCGUCGAGAAGAAGGAGAUGUCACUCAAACACAUGAUGAAGACCGUGUUGAAGGAUAAACACAAAAUCGAGGAGACGAUUGCCACGCUCGACGAGUACAAGCGCAAGGCGCUUCAGGAGACGUGGGAGAAGGUCAAUGGCGACUUCGGCCAAAUCUUUAAUGAGCUGCUACCAGGCAGCUUUGCUAAGCUGGAACCUCCUGAGGGCAAGGACCUGACCGAUGGUCUGGAAGUCAAGGUCCGGCUGGGUAAAGUGUGGAAGCAGAGUUUGACUGAGUUGAGCGGUGGUCAACGCUCACUGAUCGCCCUCUCGCUGAUCAUGGCCCUUCUUCAGUUCAAGCCGGCGCCCAUGUACAUCCUGGACGAGGUCGACGCCGCUUUGGAUUUGUCGCACACGCAGAACAUCGGUCGCCUUAUCAAGACGCGCUUCAAGGGUUCGCAGUUCAUCGUCGUCUCGCUCAAGGACGGCAUGUUCCAGAACGCCAACCGUAUCUUCCGCGUCCGCUUUAGCGAGGGUACUUCCGUGGUGCAGGCACUGACGCCGGCUGAUCUGAAGUAA